UCAUAACAGUCUCGAAUCAAAUGCAUUGCGCGCAGGACGUGUAUGUUUAUCUUAUAUAUAUAUAUAUAUAUAUAUCGUGAACGUAAAGAAUUCAAGGUUCUUUUUGCGUACAUAUAUUUUUGUCAAAAGUUGUGCAACAUAACGAUAUAGGAGUGAGAGGCUCAAUUUUUUUUUUGUCCCAUUAAUUCUUUUUUUUUUUUUUACUCAUUGCGAUCGAUCGUUCGACCUGUCAAAAGCCGUGUAUGUAUAUAUAUAUAUACAUGUAUGUGUGAGACGCGCGAUGCGUCAUAAAAACGUGGGGAACAGUGUAAACGAGACUUGACGUGAGAUAAGGAAUAAAAUUAAUUUUUUUUUUUGUCAUUAUACGGGAAAGUCGACGAUAAGGUGAUUCACAAUACGUAUAUAGUGUAUAUAUAUAUAUAUUAUAUUUUGCGGUUAGAAUUUUCUCUCGUGAGAAAUAAUAUGGAACGAGUGCGAUGAAUUCCGUUAUGUUAUGUUGCCAAUUGGCUCACUAAUGUCAUGAGUUCUUUGUGUUUUUUGAGAAUUUUAACAAUGCUCGAUCCUGGGGAGGAACUUUUCUGAGGACAUUAACGUCAUGAGCUUUGUGUAAUUUAAAAGUGGACCGGUGAAGAGUUCGAUUAAAAAAGCGUCCUCUCGCCGGCAAAAAAGGAAAUUUGAAAGAAAAUAUUUUUUUUUUUUUGACUUUUUCAUAUGAAGAAACAAUGUGUUUCUUCAUCAUCAACAUCGUUUAUCAUCGAUAAACGAAAUUUUUUUUUAUGACUUUUUAAAAAUUGGCACCCACGAAUGAUUCGAUGGGAUGCGAAAAAAAAAAUUUUUUUUUUUUUCAUAUCAAUAUCAAGAAUUGGAAUUUUUAAUGGGACUAUCAUGUGUGGGACACUUUAUGGGAUUUAAAAAAAUCCCAUUGAAAAAAAUAGGGGAGAAGUGAUUUUUAUUUUUAAAUUUUUUCAAGUGCAUCGAAAGAAAAAAAAAAAAAAACGUGUGUAACGUUUCAUGUGCUGAUGAGUAAAAUGUCGGCAAUGCUGGUUUCUGUGGCGGAAUUAUCCAACAUUUUCUCUGUUUUUGCUGUUCUUAUUUGCUUCUGUGGAAUUGUUCUCUUCAUUAUGAGGAACAUGAUGGUCCUUAGAGUACAUGGAGAUGAUUUAAUGUUCGGUGGAACAGGUGGAGUCAUUACACACGCACCACGUAUUCCUCAGAUGAAAAUGAUGAAGGUUCAUAUUCCCUUUACCUUCAAACUUCACGAGAGCUUCAAAAGCAGUUACACUGAAGUUGAAUGUGAGGUUUCGAGUCAAGUAGAAUACUCAAUGCAAGCGAUAUGGGGUGUAAGUAUAAGGGAACUACACCUCGCUCUUUGGAAACCUUGGAAUACCCUCAGGGACGCAUCCCUAAAUGGAACUCUUCUUCAGGGACACGCUCAACAUCUCACACCACCUAGAACUAGACAACCGCACGGAGAAGAAACUUUGAGAUUGUCACUUCCAGCUCCGGAAUUGGAACUGGGAACACCGCCGCGACUCUGUUAUCCUCUGGUGAUUUUUCUCACUCGCAAAGAUAACAGAGAUCCUCAUCCGGAUGAGACUGUCGCUCUAGUGAAUGUCGUUCAUAUAAAAGACAGUGUCUGCACAUUGCCGACCUCGAUCCUCGCUCAGUAUUUAAAACAGGCUAACGGGCAGUUGUCCUGUCUCAAGCAACUCUAUUUGGCGACUGGAAACUCGACCAAUUACGACGAAGUGGACGUAUCUUCCGGGCUUGGGCCAGCGCUUGCUUUAGCUGAGCCUUGCAAUAAUAAUGGCAAUAAUAGUAGAGGUGCUUUGGUCGCUUCCGGCGCUGGCGACACGGAAGGAUCCCUCUGGAAUUCAGCUGGCGAGCAACUUUGUGUCGUUUGCCAAUAUUUCCCACUUUCAAGGGCCCUUUUACCCUGCAGACACACCUGCAUUUGCGCCUCUUGUUUUGGAAAAUUGGACAGGUGUCCCAUGUGUCGUAGUCCAAUUAAAAGUUACUUUUGCAUAAGGGGCGAGGAAUAUAUGCCACCCGAGAAGGAAGUGAAUCCCUGUAAGCACCGAAGAACAGCUCAUGGACCCUCGCACUGGCUCCACGAUUGGAACGACAGGCUCACGGACUUUCUUGGCUUUGCCCGAUAAAAAAAAAUGCAAAAGCAAAAACAAAAAAAGCUUGGUUUUUUCGUCAAGCCUUUUAACCGUCCUUUUAAACUUAGUUUUCCCACAACCCCAUCCAAAAGAGACAAUGCCAGUGAUAAUAAUUGCAAUAAAAAAUUUAAAAAAAAUUUUUUAAUUUAACUGACUCGUUAAAUAAAGAGACGUCCUUCGUGGCAAAAAAAAGGGAUUCUAUUUUUCAUAAAAAAAAAAAUCGAUCCAGAAAAAAAUUAGAAAAGAAAAAUCAAAGAUUGAAUAAUUAUCAAUAAGGAAGUUAUUUUUUUUUCAUUCCGGAAAAUUUAACCCCUUUUUGGAGAAAUGAAAGAGAUUAUCGUUGCAUUUACAUUUCUUUGCAAAAAAAAUUUUUUUUUUUUUUUUGAAAAAAAUACGAAAGAGUAUUUUUUAAAGGAAAUAGAAAAAAAAAUGAAAAGCAAAGAAAAAGAAACUAAAAUUUAAGUUGUAAAUACACAGACUGUGAUAAUCCUCGAAUAAUGUCUUUAUAUAGUUGUGGAUUGCACUCUGCAAAAGGUGCUUUGGAUCAAAUAUAAUUAAAAAAAAUAUAUAUAUAUAAAAAUUGAUUUUAUUAGUUUUUUUUUUUUUAAGUAUAAUUAUCGACUUUCCCGAUACGAUUUUAAAAACUCUUUUUAAAUUAUGUAGAUUCUAAGAAAAAGAAGAGAGAGAAAAAAAAUUAAAUUUCUUUUUGUUUAAAUUUUUUGAGAGUUGAAUAAAGUUGAAAAAUAGAAAAAAAACGAAACCUCAAUUUGUAUAUAGAGUAGAAACUUAGGGCCUAUCAAGUCAAUGUAUUUUAGUAGAAAGACAUUUCACUGUAUUUAAUUUAUAAAACGUGCGAUAUUCCGAUGACGAACGGAAUUUAAAAAAAAAAAAAAAAGAAGACGCAUUGACUCGUCGCAAAAUACUUGUAAAUAAUUUAUUUAAUAAAGAAUGUCGUUCCUA